CUGCACCAGGGAGGAGUCUGAUAGGCAGGAGCAGGACAGACUGAAGGACAAACACUGAGACACAGAAAAUACACCACGAGUCCAACAACAACCAGCAGAAACCAGCAAAACAGCUCAUCAUCUGAUCACCUGAUCAUCUGAUCAACUGUCAGGACAAACCAAAGGAAUGGCUGCGUCUGCGUCGUCUGCGGUGGCUCGACGCUUCCUCGCCACUGCGUCACACGGAGGCCACGAGGGAGGAGUUAAGACGUGGAGGAUCCUGUCGUUCGUGCUGGCCUUACCGGGCGUGGCCGUGUGCAUGGUGAACGCUUACCUGAAGCAGAAGGCUCAUUCUCACGAACCGCCCGAGUUCGUACCAUAUCCUCACCUGCGUAUUCGCACCAAGCCGUGGCCGUGGGGUGACGGAAACCACUCGCUGUUCCACAACCCUCACGCCAACGCUCUGCCCACCGGCUACGAGGAUUCCCACCACCACUGAGCCGCAGCACCACCCACAGGCCACCUGAUGAACGGUGCCACCUAAAACUUCUGCAUGAAACAAGUUUAAAACUGAGAGAAAUAAAAAAACAUUACAGCUUU